AUGCUUUCUCGCCUGGCCGUUCGCUUGCCUAAGGCCUCGGGCCCUCUGGCCCAAGGCCUCAGCCCCCGGCUUAAGAGCCAGGCUCGCUUCCUGAGCAAGCCCGCCGUCGACGGGAGCAAGGGCAGAUCAAUGCCUGCCCGCAACAAUAGGGCCACUGCCGCCGCGUCCGGUGUCACUGCCACAUUAACCAUCAGGGACGGCCCCGUCUUCCACGGCAAGGCGUUUGGCGCCAACUCCAACGUCUCGGGCGAAGCCGUGUUCACCACGUCGCUUGUUGGGUACCCCGAGUCCAUGACCGAUCCUUCGUACCGUGGGCAGAUUCUGGUCUUCACCCAGCCCCUGAUCGGCAACUACGGCGUGCCGUCGAACGAGCGCGACGAAUUCAACCUCCUGAAAUACUUCGAGUCUCCCCACAUUCAAUGUGCCGGAGUAGUCGUGGCAGAUGUGGCAGAGAAAUACAGCCAUUGGACUGCGGUUGAGAGCUUGGCUGAGUGGUGUGCCCGUGAGGGCGUCCCUGCUAUUACUGGAGUCGAUACUCGCGCCAUUGUCACGCACCUCCGUGAGCAGGGCUCCUCGCUAGCUAGGAUCUCUAUUGGCGACGAGUACGAUGCCGACGAGGACGAGGGCUUCAUCGACCCGGGCCAGAUCAAUCUUGUGAAGCGCGUCAGCACCAAGGCUCCCUUCGUCGUUGCCGCUCCUAAUGCCACCUUCCAUAUCGCUCUCAUCGACUGUGGUGUGAAGGAGAACAUCUUGCGCAGUCUGGUCAACCGGGGCGCCUCGGUCACCGUUUUCCCCUACAACUACCCGAUCCACAAGGUCGCCGACAACUUUGACGGUAUCUUCAUCUCCAACGGCCCCGGUGACCCGACCCACUUGCAGGAGACUGUCUAUAAUCUGGGCCGCCUGAUGGAGACAUCGUCGGUCCCGAUCAUGGGUAUUUGCCUUGGCCACCAGCUGCUCGCGCUUGCCGUCGGUGCCCAGACCAUCAAGCUCAAAUAUGGAAACCGUGCCCAUAACAUCCCUGCCCUUGAUCUCACUACGGGCCAAUGCCACAUCACCAGCCAGAACCACGGUUAUGCCGUCGAUGCUAGCACCCUGCCGAGCGAUUUCAAGGAGUACUUUGUGAACCUGAACGAUGGGAGCAACGAAGGCAUGUUGCACAAGACGAGGCCCAUUUUCUCGACUCAAUUCCACCCUGAAGCAAAGGGUGGCCCCAUGGAUAGCUCUUACCUGUUUGACAAGUAUCUCGAGAACGUUAAGCUGUUCAAGGACAGCGCCAAGGUCUACCGGGACAAUAGGCCAUCUCAGUUGAUGAUCGACAUUCUUAGCAAGGAGAGAGUCGGCGUGGAGCCUUCGCCUCUUGCUAACGCUGCCUAA